GCUUGACAGACGUAGAGACCUUGGGGGCUUGUCUCCUUACCCCUAACUUCUGGCCAGAGUGUUGAAGCACGGCCUGGUCCGAUAACAGUGAGGGAAAAAGUGCGCUAACAAGGACAUUCACCUUUGGGGCUUGGCGGGUCGUCGAGCCUGCGAGAUUCAUCCUGGAUUCCCAAAGGUGCAACAUCAGUCCAUCUUGAAUCUGGAACCAUUAAUUCCAUCUUAAUUUCAACACUCUUUCCUCGACUCCAACUCACAGAGUGUCACAUCACUUGUUUUCGGUACGUGAACCAAUUCUUUCUGCCUGCGUCGAGGAAUACGAUGACCGCGACAAGGACAAAGUGGCCACACAUGCGUCUCCGGCCUGAGAAAGGGAGACGUGGGCUUUUUUGCCGUCGUGCCCUUCUCACGCCCUUGAACACGCGACUUCCUUCUUCCGCAAUCCUAUACCCUCUCACUAUACUUGAUCGCGCGUCUUUGGGUAGCUAGCUGACCUCUCCUGCCAGACCGCCUCCUCGACCAACCCCUUCCCACUAAUUCCGUCAGCUGAAUCGCAAACAUGGGUCUCGCAUUCUCGAAGCUGUUUGACAGACUAUGGGGCAAGAAAGAGAUGAGAAUCUUGAUGGUCGGUCUCGAUGCUGCUGGAAAGACCACGAUCCUGUACAAGCUCAAGUUGGGUGAAAUUGUCACCACCAUUCCCACAAUCGGUUUCAACGUGGAAACUGUCGAGUACAAGAACAUUCAAUUCACCGUGUGGGACGUCGGUGGUCAGGACAAGAUUCGACCUCUUUGGAGACAUUACUUUCAAAAUACCCAAGGUAUCAUCUUCGUGGUCGAUUCCAACGAUAGAGAUCGUAUCGUCGAGGCUCGUGAAGAACUUCAGCGCAUGCUCAACGAAGACGAGCUGCGCGACGCUCUUCUCCUUGUCUUUGCCAACAAACAGGAUCUUCCAAAUGCCAUGAACGCCGCCGAAAUCACCGACAAGCUUGGUCUUCACAGUCUCCGACAGCGUGCCUGGUACAUCCAAUCCACCUGCGCUACUUCCGGUGAUGGUCUGUACGAAGGCCUUGAGUGGUUGAGCAACUCGCUUCGUAAGGCAGGGCACAACUAAUAGGCCUUUCAUAUACAUUGAUCAAGAGGAGAUACAUUUGGGACCACAGUUGUCGUUCCUCGAAACGAAACUCCGCAAGACCUGUUGUAGGGCUACUUUUGUCACCACAAACCUACCCCAGCCAGCUUGCUCAAAUUGAAAAGCGCUCCAAUCACGCAUAUGAAUGAUCUGCCUGUCGUUGUCCUGGGUCACGUUGGGGGAGUUUCUUCGAUAGUUUUUGUACGAAUUGCUGGCAUACCUUGGCUUCGAGGAGGCAGGACCCGGCACACUACAGAGGUUAAGCACAGGUUGUGGGCAAUGAAUAGAAUUCACCUUCAAAAACGAAUGUUCCAAGAAUUGCAAUUACUUU